AUGAAUCUUGCUGUGAGUGCAGAGAGUAACUGGAUCGACCAAUCAGCAGAUAAAACACCCACAAACCCUCACCAGUGGACGAGUGACAUCAGCAGUGCGUCUCAAUCUCUCCGCAGGAUCACGGAUCAGCGCUUCGAGCGGCUGCCGUACUUCAUCUUCGGCGACUUCAACUUCAGGUUGGACUCCAAGCAGGUCAUCGAGAGUCUGUGCUCGACGGCUAGCAUGCAGACGGUGAGAUCCGCCGACACCAAUGAAGUCGACAAACUCAUCUUCAGAGAGUCAGACAAUGACCGCAAGGUUCUCCUGCAGCUGGAAAAGAAGUUCUUUAGCUACAUUAACCAGGACGUUUUCCGGGAAAACAAUGGAACGCUGCUCUUAGAGUUCGACCGAGAGCUGUCUGUGUUUAAGGAGCGUCUGCAUGAGCUGGACAUCUCGUUUCCUCCGAGUUAUCCGUACAGUGAAGACUGCAGUCAGGGAAAGCAGUACAUGAACACUCGAUGUCCCGCCUGGUGUGACCGGAUCCUUAUGUCCGCCUCGGCCAAAGACCUGCUCGUAAAGCCAGAGAACGAGGAGAAAUUAAUAACGUAUGACAACAUCGGACCCAACGUGUGUAUGGGGGACCACAAGGUACAACUAACUAACCUCUCCAACUAG